UAUGCAUCCAAACUGUUCAAGUCAUAAUUUCCAUGGCUUCCAAUCUUUGCAAUAUCUUUCAGUUUUUACUCUACUCUCUUUUCCUUUUCAUCUCUAUCUCCACAGCCCAAACUUCCUUUAGUCCCAAGGCACUUGUGCUCCCAGUAACAAAAGACUUGUCAUCCUCCCAAUACCUUACCCAAAUUAGCCAGCGAACUCCUUUUGUUCCUGUAAAACUAAGCAUUCAUCUUGGUGGCCAGACCUUAUGGGUAGACUGUGAACAAGGCUUCACGAGCUCAACUUAUCGGUCAGCAAUUUGCGGUUCACCUCAAUGCACAAUUGCCAAGCCUAAUACCUGUUAUAACUGCACCUCCUCCCCAACACCAAGGCCAGGGUGCAACAAGAAUGCAUGUUUGAAUACACCUGAAAAUCCUUUCAUUAACACUUUAUAUGAUGGUGGUGAAAUUGCUGAGGACGUGGUAUCAAUCCAAUCAACUGAUGGAUUCAAUCCAGGACAAUUUGUUAAGGUACCGCAGUUCAUUUUCACCUGUGUUCCAACUUUUCUCACUGAAGGUCUUGCUAGUGGAGUUAAAGGCACAGCAGGUUUGGGAAGAAAUGACAUAGCACUCCCUUCUCAGUUUGCUCGGGUUUUUGGCUUCGCAAGAAAAUUUGCAAUAUGUUUGAGUGCUUCCACGAGUUCUAAAGGUGCUGUAUUUUUUGGUGAUGGCCCUUAUAUCAUGCUUCCUAAUAUUGAUAUCUCCAAGUCUCUUACCUAUACUCCAUUGUUUAUUAAUCCAUUUGGAACUGGAUACGUCCCCUACUUAAAUGAGUCAUCCUCUGAGUACUUCAUUGGGGUGAAAGCUAUCAAUAUCAAUGGUAAAGCAGUGCCAGUCAAUAGAAAAUUGUUGGCCAUUGACAAGAGAGGCAAUGGUGGAACUAAAAUCAGCACUGGCAGAGCUUAUACAGUUAUGGAAACUUCAAUAUAUAAUGCAGUUUCCAAGGCUUUUGCUGAAGAGCUUUCUAAUGUCACUAGGGUGGCAUCAGUUGCUCCUUUUGGAACAUGUUUCAGCUCUAAUAGUAUUGGCAGCACACGCGCUGGACCAGCAGUUCCUCCCAUUGAUCUUGUCUUGCAAAGCAAAAAUGUGUUUUGGAGAAUUUUUGGUGCAAAUUCAAUGGUGCAGGUGAACAAGGAUGUUAUUUGUCUGGCUUUUGUUGAUGGAGGUGUUAGACCUACCACCUCAAUUGUCAUUGGAGGAUAUCAGAUUGAGGAGAAUUUACUGCAAUUUGAUAUUGCCAAUUCAAGGCUGGGAUUCAGUUCUUCACUUCUGUUUCGCCAAACAACAUGUGCCAACUUCAACUUCACAUCUCGAGCUUAAAGAGCUUCGAUUCAUUUUCCAAUUUCCAAUCCAUAGGCAAUAGACAACUAUUUUCUGUAAUAGUUUCCUGGAAUGAAUAAGCAGACCAGCUGCUGCCGCGUGAAAAUUUGUGGUGUGGGGGUUUGUGUAAUAGUUUGCUGGAAUGAACAAGCAGCCCAACUGAUGCCGCGUGAAAAAUUGCAUUUAUGAUGAUUA